AUGCAUCUAGCGAUACCGAAUCAUCGUACUCGACGAGUGGAAGCGAUCAGGCAAAAUGUGAGGAGGCAUCAACAGGCAGCGGAAAGGCAAAAACUUGCGGAGAAAGCUGCACCGGCUUAUUUGCAGCACCACGGCAGGAUCUCAACAUGCACUCCUGAGACUUUCCUGCGCAAACGCAAGCCUGUACCUGCAACAGCAUCAGUCCUGAGAGGAGAUCUGGGCUAUGCCUUUCACGACCCAUCACAUGACACUGAGUCAAACACCCAAUCCGUUCCGACUGAGACCUGUGUUCUACCGCAAGAGCACAUUGUGACAGAACCGCGCACACCAAUUAAAGUGCCAGAACGUUCCGACUCAUUCGACGAAGACUACGACUUGACUCCUCGAUACAUGCGACGUUACCUCACACGUGAAGCACGAGCUAGACCGCAACCGGAUCCUCGUCCUACAGCCUCUAUUGAGAAGAAGACCGCGCUCGACCAAGGCAGUUCGACGAGCAUGUUCAAUAUUGCCAACCCAUACUCUGCUUUUAUGGCACCGAUUGAGCCUCCAGCAUACCUUGCCGGCCCUUCGAGCCCAUUAGAGAAAAGAAGACGAGGCCUGUUUCAACAAGACAAAGCCGCACCUCAGCUUCCUCGCCAGCCGGUGGUUUCCACAGCUGUGGUAUCGUCUCCAGCGAAUAUGCAAUCUUCAAGCAUGACCGAAUGGAAACGAGCAGAGAACGGACGCGACGAAGCCUUGACUUCGAGCUCCAAAGUCCUGGAACAGGGUGCGAUGAACAUGAGCGCCUUCCUCGAUACAAUGCUUUGCAUUUUCGCACUCGGCCUCGUGGUUGUCGCAGGCGCUGGCACUAUGUCGACAUUCAUAGCGUUGAUGACCGCACCAGCUAGCUGGUAG